GAAGCUGAAGCACAUGAUCUGGUCUUGAGCGAGCAGAUGCGGGAUCACCUGGAGACAGUGUUUCCGACAGAAACUGCCGAGGGAAUGGACCGACGUCAGGGUGUGCUACAGGAGUUGGAGAGAAUGUUUCAUGAUUGGAUGUCCAAGCUGUGCCUGGAAGCAAACCUUCCCGAGGAGGAGAUCAGAAAGUCCACCGUCAAGAUCACAACAUUGGGCUCUUACAGGCUUGGUGUUGUGCAUCCUGGCAGCGAUAUCGACACGUUGUGCAUUGCACCGCCUGUCAUUCGCCGGGAGGAUUUCUUCUCAACGUUUGCCAGCCAGCUGGAGCAGCACGAAGAUGUAACGGAAUGCGUGCCGAUUCCCGAUGCGUACACUCCGAUCGUCAAGCUGAAGAUGCGUGGGGUCUGCAUCGAUCUCCUGUUCGCUCGGCUAGCGCGGGCACCAGAGGCAGAACUAGCAGAAGAGGUUGUAAAAGAGGACGAGGUCCUCAAGAAUAUGGAUGAGAAGAGCGUACGGUGCCUGAACGGAUUUCGUGUGGCAGAUCAAAUCUUGAAUCUUGUUCCAGACCAGGAGACCUUUCGACGGACGCUCCGGUUUAUAAAGUACUGGGCCAGGAGAAGAGGUGUCUACUCGAACAUCGUUGGCUUCUUUGGCGGGAUUACAUGGUCUCUACUGGUGGCCAGAAUCUGCCAGCUCUAUCCAUAUUAUGCACCGAACCAGCUCAUCAACAGGUUCUUCCGCUUGUACCACCAAUGGAAUUGGACCAGGCCCGUGACGCUCUGCGACAUCGUUGAUCCAGCCAAUGUUCCGGGAAUGACUUCGUUCAAGGUCUGGAACCCUAAGACCAAUCCGGCAGACCGACAACAUGUGAUGCCUGUGAUCACGCCCGCAUUUCCAUCGAUGAAUUCCACUCACAAUGUGACCGAGACGACAAAGCGAAUCCUGCUGGAUGAGUUCAAGCGGGGCUUCGAGUUAGUGCAGAACGUCGAAGGCAACAAGGCAGAGUGGAGCGACGUUUAUGCCCCAUUUCCCUUUUUCGACGAGUUUAAGCACUUCCUCAUGAUCGAGAUCCUGGCAACGUCUGAAGAUGUGUACAACAAGUUCAGUGGUUGGGUGGAAAGCAAGCUUCGGAUUCUCGUCAUGCAGUUGGAAGCGGUCAAUGGGAUGCGAAUUCAUCCAAAUCCCCUACAGUACACUCUGCCCAAAGACGGCGAUGCCAAUUGGCCAUUUGGGUGCGGCAUGUUCUUGGGAUUGAUCUUUACACCGGAAGCUGGAGCGCAGCCCGACCUGCAGAUCGACCUGCGUCCUGCAAUCACAGCUUUCAUGGAGGUCAUUCUGUCCUGGGCCGACCGAGAUGCCAAUGUGGGUCAGUUCCGGAUGCGGUUAAAGCGAUUGGCUGCGGCAGACCUGCCGGAUUAUGUAACGGAUGUG